AUGAGAGCUUUCCAGGUUGCUUGUAUCGCUUUGGCUGCGGCCUCCGCUUCUGCUUUGAGUAGCUACGAGAACGGCCUCGGAGGCUCCUACUACGGCUCCUCCUACGGCUCCUCGUACGGGCUCGGAGGAGCUUCGUACAGCGCUGGCUACACUCAAACGCCCGCGGCAGUGAGUUAUUCCGCCGCUCCCGUUUCGUACGGGUACGCUGCCGCUCCAGCUUAUUACGGUUAUGCUGCCGCUCCCGCUUCGUACGGAUAUGCCGCCGCUCCUGCCACGUACGGAUAUGCCGCCGCACCGGCUACCAUCCGGACCGUCGCCGCUGCCGCUCCCGCCUACACCCAGACCAUCGCGGCAGCCGCCCCUGCUUCCGUGAAGAGCCACGAAAUCCACACCGCCUCUGGCCGUCAAGCGAUCAGAAUCGAGGAAGUUCAAGCCGGUGAUCAACUCAUCCGUGUCCACGAAGCUGCUCAAGCUGGACCCCAAAUCUCCCAGAUCCAGGUUCCCGGGGACCAACACCACGUCCGCGUCAUCAACCACCAAUCCGGACCCGCUGAAGUCCAACGAGUCGUUCGACGACAGGAGACCCAGGUCUUCGACGUCCAGAAGGCAGGACGUCCCGGAGCUCGCAUCGUUCAAGUGGUCCGAGGAGAAUCUCCCGCCCCAAGUGUGGAAUUCGUCAACGCUGGUGGCUCGAACCACUACGUCUACCACGCUAACGAUGGCGUGUCCGCUGCCCCCGUCGCUGCCACCUACCACUCUGCCCCUGUCGCAACCUCCUACCACUCUGCCCCGGUCGCUACCACCUACCACUCUGCCCCAAUCGCUGCCACCUACCACUCUGCCCCGAUCGCAACCUCCUACGCCGCCGCCCCCGCUUACACCACCAGCUACUCCUCUGGUGCCUCUUACCUGUCCGCCCCCAGCUCGAUCUCCUACUCCGGAUCCCUCGGUGGCUCUUCAAGCACCGGGAACUUCGGAAGCACUGCUGUCAUCGCCAAGGCCUAAGCUCGCUUUGCUCUCAUUGUACAC